AUGGCCCUCUACAGACCGACCAUGCUGCGCACAGCUUUCUCCAGCUCCCAGUCAGUUUGCCUUCGCUAUGCUACACUACGGUACUCGUCGACGUCUACCUCCGAGGCUGUCGUCCUCCCGCGGUUACAGUCUGACCUCAAGACGGCAAUGCGCUCCAAGAACAAGCCCGCCCUCAACGUCAUCCGCGCACUCCAAGCUGAGAUUAUAAACGCUUCCAAGACCGCGAAGCCAAUCGAGAACGACGGCACCUUCUACUCUUUGGUUCAGAAGCAGAUCAAGGCGUCGAGCGCCUCGAUAGAAGAGUUCACUGCUGCCAAGCGCUCGGAUCUCGUCGAGAAGGAGCAGGCACAGCUGGAUGUGCUCAAGAAGUACGCGGAGGAUAUCCCGAAGCUGUCUGAGACUGAGCUGAACGGCAUCAUCGAUCAGGCAGUUGCUGGGUUUGAGGAGGCUAAGAGAGCAUAUGGUCCCAUCAUGGGCAAGGUCAUGGGCGCCAUCAAGGGAAGACCGCAUGACGUCGAGUAUGUGCAGAAGAAGAUCGAAGAGCUUGUCGGGAAAAAAUGA